CACAUUUCCGCCGUACCCGCUCUCCAUCACUAUCACAGUGGAAGUGUAUUAGGUAUGUGUGCGUGAUGUGAGCGUAUCUACAGGACACACACACACACUUGCACCGGUGCAGAGACACAGAACAGGUAAAUGGAUCCAAUGCAGCCCGUUAAGAGCUGCUCAAUGCCGGAAGUAUCUACUGGAGUUCUUGGUCUCCACAAACCAACAGCCCUGCUUGAAAACCCCUGCAACCUGCCCAAAUCUUCACACUGCCAGUUGGACAUGACUGGAAACUCUCUAAUGUCGGGACAAGCCCAGGCAUUGCAGCCAAACCCAGCUGUUCAAGAAAGAGGACGAAUGGACUUGGGCACACAUGCCACUAGUCACAUCAGCAUCAGUCGACCCAGGCCAACGGCACUGGGGUCCAAGGCACCAGUCAAAGUCUCCAGAUCUACUGAGCCAAACUUCCUAUCAAACUCCUCAACCGAGUCACCAUUGCCUUACUACAACCCCCAAAACCUGCAGCUCAGUCCCACCUCUCAACUCAGCCUUAACCCACCAUCAAUCGCCCCAGCACUUCCAAGCCGUCCAUCACAGCCCAUCCGUGCUAACACACACAAUAACCUCAUCGCCAUACCAAUCCCCAACCCAAACCCCAGCCCGCCAUCGAAACCAAUUUCACAACCUGUCCAAAACCCAGAAACACACAUACCCAACACAGGAGACACUGACAAAAAGCUGAACAAUACCACAAGAGAGGAGGGUAAUUUUAGGGUGCAUAUAGUCACGUGGAAUGUAGGCAGUGCUAUGCCACCUGAUGACAUCACGUCCUUGUUUGGGCCUGGUGUUGAAAAUGGGAGCACUGACAUGUUUGUUAUUGGACUGCAGGAAGUGAACUCCAUGAUAAACAAGCGACUCAAAGAUGCUCUCUUUACUGACCAGUGGAGUGAGCUUUGCAUGGACACGCUCAGUCGUUUUGGAUAUGUGCUGGUGGCUUCUCAGAGGAUGCAGGGGGUAUUCUUGUUGGUGUUUUCCAAAUUCUGCCACCUUCCCUUCCUCAGGGGAGUGCAAACCCAAAGCACACGCACCGGCCUGGGAGGCUACUGGGGGAAUAAAGGGGGCGUGAGCGCACGCAUGAUGGUUUUCGGACACCCUGUAUGUUUUCUGAACUGCCACCUGCCGGCUCACAUGCGGAACCUGGAGCAGCGGAUGGAGGACUUUGAAAGCAUCCUGCAGCAGCAGCAGUUUGAGGAUGGAGCCACAGUCGGCGUGCUGGAUCAUGAUGUGGUGUUCUGGUUUGGUGAUCUGAACUUCAGAAUCGAAGGUUAUGAUAUUCAUGUGGUGAAAAGUGCAAUUGAAAAUGACAAACUGCCUCUGCUGUGGGAGAAAGAUCAGCUCAACAUGGCCAAAAAAAGUGAGUCUGUGCUGGAGGGAUUUAUGGAGGGACCCCUCCAAUUUCCUCCAACGUACAAGUUUGAUGUGGGAACACACACUUAUGACACUAGUGCAAAAAAGAGAAAGCCAGCAUGGACAGAUCGCAUCCUGUGGCGUCUGCGCCGAACAGGUUCCCCCGUGCCUUCCCAUAAUUCUGCUCUGCAGCGGGGUCUGACCUCAUGGCUGGGCGGAGCCACCAGAGUCUCCCAGCAGUUCUACCGCAGUCACAUGGGCUUUACCAUCAGCGAUCACAAGCCUGUAUCUGCCCUCUUCUCUUUGCACUUUCCCUUUAAGGUUAACCUGCCAUUAGUAACACUGGAAGUGGAGAAAGAAUGGACCAAAUUCUCUGAUGCUACAGCAAAUCUGACAAUGGCAACUGGCUUUCAGAGAAGUUCAUGGGACUGGGUGGGAUUGUACAAGGUGGGAUUUAAGCACCACAAGGAUUAUGCUGCCUAUGUAUGGGCCAAAUCUGAGCAUUCAAUGCAGGUGACAUUCUCCGAGGAGGAUUUGCCCAGAGACCCGGGGGAAUAUAUUCUGGGAUACUACAGUAACAACAUCAACAGCAUUGUUGGAGUGACUGAACCAUUCCAGGUGCAUCUGCCCAUGUCCACGCCCCCUGCACCAGUGUGCCGUUCACACUCAGACAGUUCUGACGUCAGCUCUGAGGACGACAGUACGCUGGUCCUGCUGGCCCCAAGUUCUCGCAGCCCCAGUCCGGGCAAACGGCAUCACCACCACCAGAAACGCCAGCGCAGCCGCAGUCCUGCUGUGCCAGCACUCUCCUCCUCACCUCUUCCCUCCCUUCAGUCUCUCAGCCUCUGCUCGCGCCCCCGCGACGCCCCCUCCUCCUCAUCCCCACGCCCAUCUGCCAAUGUCAAAAAAGAGCGUUUAGUUUCUCCAGACACAUUGACCUCACCCUCCCUCAGUCCUCUGAGCCCGCGGAGCCCCGGAUCCCCCGGGAACGGAGUCAGCGCUCCAGAGGCUCUGAUAGCAGCCAUAUUAGGAGAGCACAGGCUGGCUCAGAUAGGCAAAGCAGGGGAUGCCAUUCUAUGACCAAUCUCCCAUCUUUCCCCUUCCGUUCAUUUAUUGACUUUAGCAGACAAUGUAAUGCAACUCUAUUUUUUGGAGAAAUGGUCUCUAUUUUAUCGCUUCUACAGAUAGACUUGCAGCUAUCUGUGCUCUCAUUUAUGGAUGGUUCAUUUCUAUGUGCAAUUGGUAAAAAUCGAAUUAGAGAUUCUGCUUAAUCCUUUAAUUAUACAUCAUGCAUAUCAGAGGCUCAGCAGGAGCUUGUCACGUCUUGUCACGUUUAAUUGCUUAACGAACAAAUUCCUCAGUUCUUAGCCCGUGCUUCGCCAAUGGAGGUUCAACUAGUUUAACCAUUUUCCUUCAUUUAUGAAUGAUAGAUUGUAAUUUGUUAAAGUAAACAUAAAGCAUUCCUCUCAUGCAAACAGCCCGACACUGUAUCUUAACCGGGCAACAAGAAAUAUUGGUAAUGGGCAACAUACAAUAACAGUCUAUGCACUGCAACUAAUAAGACUGUACUAUAAAAACACAAAGCGACAGUUCAAUAAUGAUGGGGAUGAAUAACACUUUAUUAAACAUGAAUAUAAUAUGCAGACAUAUGCAAUAUAACAAUUAAAAUAAACAGUUUCCUUAAUCGUUUCUUUGGAAGUUAUUAUAGAGAUAAAACUUUCAAAUUAAGCUUACUCGGGGCUCAAGUAAAUCAGUGAAUCAUUUAUGUUAACUAGUUCAUUACAUGAACCAUCCGAAUGAACUGACUCGCUAAAAUCAAUUGAAGUUGAAGUUCCCAACAUUAAAUAUUAGUUAAUUGUUUAUUUUAACUGGUUCAUUUACAUGAACUGUCCGAAAGAACCGAUUCACUUAAAUUAUUUGGAUGCACUAUAUUAGAGAGAGAAAGGAUGAUUUAGGUGAGCGUGUUUGAUAACUCCCUCGGCUCCAUUGCUGUGUUCACAAUACAAUGUGACAAAUGUUGCAUUUUGUGAAGCUAUAACUCUACCCAUUUAAAAAUGUAGCUUGUUACUGGAAAAGCUACGCUAUUGUGAAAAUAGCUGAGCUACUGUCACACUACUGAAAAAAAAUGUAGUUAGGUUAGCAGCGUUGCAACUUUUAGUUAGUUAUACCCUAACGAUGAUUCAUGGUAUUUGCUGAGGGCCCUGGGGUUCAGCUUCCUUUUGCAUUCUUGGGCCAUGCAGCUUGAGGCUUUGGAGGGGUCUGGAGCACUUGCCCCUUUUGGCCCCGUCCAUAAUCCAGCCUUGUACUGAGUAUGAAAAAUCAAAUAUAUUUUUAUUGGCUGUGAUUGUGGCACUUUGUCCAGUAAUGGAAACUUGUUAGGACACAGCCGCUUUUCCACCAUCGGGCCGAUACUGGAAAAGCAGCUAUAGAUAUAGUGCAGGGCAACCUGACUCUGUAGAAUUAAAACAAACAGUGAUGUCAGCCUGCAUCUCUGCCUUUACCAUUAACUCUGCAGUUGUAGAGAUGUCUUAAUGGGUCCAAUUGUGAGUACACGUAUGACAGAGGCGUGUGCACAUGCUUAAGACCACCAUUCCAGAGUUUAGAAUAAGUUACAUAUUAACACCCACCAUGCUUUGCUGAAAAAUCUAUCAGUCUGAAAACAUAAAGCUGCUGAAACAGUGCAAACCUUUGACAGGAGCGUCUGACUAAAGACAACCAAUCAUAUCAGCUCUGCUCAUUUAUGCUGUUUUGUGAUAGAUUGAUUUGUGUGAGCUGAUUUGUGUGGUGUGCGUGGACAGUUGGUGACCAUAUUGUCAGUGCAAAAAUAAAAAAGUAUACACCUCAAGGACAUGUAUGUAUUCUCUUGACUAUUUACUAUUACUGUUAGCCUUAACUAUUUAAAACAAUGUGUCAAAGUGUCAAAAGACCUUGCAAUGUCCUGAAGUGUGGCAUGUUAAACUACAUCUUAAUUUUAAACAGCAUUUAUUUUUAACUGUAUUAUACAACCCCACUUCCAAAAUAAGUUGGGACAGUAUGAAAAAUGCUAAUAAAAACAAAAAGAAGUAAUUUGUUAAUUAUAUUCACACUUUGCAAAAUUGAAAACACUACUACACAUUAUAUGAUGUUUUAACCUGUGAAUUUCAUUUUUAUUUAUUUUUUAUUUUUUUAUGUACACUAAUUUCAAAUCAGAUGAUUGCAACACGCUCCAAAAAAGCUGAGACGGGGGCAAUUUAAGAUGAAUAAAAAUUUGACAAGUUAAAAUAACAAGGCGAUUUGAAACAAGAGAUGUUAAACAGGUGAGGCAAUUGUGUCAGUAUAUAAGGAGCCUCCAAAAACAGCUUAGUCCUUCAAGAGCAAGGAUCAUUUGAGACUUGUCAGUUUGCCAACAGAUGCUUCAGCAAAUAAUCCAGCACUCUGAGAACAAUGUUCCCCAAAGACAAAUUGGAAGGAUUUUGGGCAUUUCACCCUCUGCAGUGCACAAUAUAGUUAAAAGAUUCAAGCAAUCUGGUCAAAUCUCAGUACGUAAAGGGCCAGACAAAAACCACUUCUGAAUGCGCAUGAUCUCUGAUCCCUCAGACAUCACACUGGAAGUAGGCAUGCUAUUUCCAAAAGUUCUGGUACCCUAUGAUUGGCAACAGUAUGCCGAUGCACUGACAUGCCCUAUCUCCCAUCAGACUUAUUUGGCAUGGCUCAAUGUCAGUUUCUUCCCCUUGUGGCAUAACUGGUAGUGUGUUGCGUCAGUUACAUGGGAGACCACAGUUCAAUCCCAUUCAAACAAGGAAGUAAUCAUGUUUGCAUUAACAAUCACGAGCAUGAUAAUGAGGUUGCAUUUUUAUCCCUAACAUUGCAUUUUGUCUCUACUAAUGGUUAGGGUUAGAUUUGGAUUUUGGUUGGGGGGUAGAUUAAAUAAAAUAAGCAUUUCUCUUCACUGUUUUAAACCUUGUUCAGCUGAAAACAAUUAUUUUUACAACUGGCUUCUGGUGACCUCUCCUGGAUAUAAAUGGAUGUCACACUUGUUUCUAUGCUCUGAAACACUUACCACUUUAGCCUCUGGAUGCAGUGUUUUCCAAUUCGGUCAACAUAUUUUGGCUAAAGAAAAAUCGGCACACACUUGCCGAAUUUGAUGUGAGAUCAGGCUGCAGACAUCACUGUCUUAAAAAAACAUCAUUCAUCUGUAAUGGAUAUUAUGAACAUGGGCUUGGGAUUACUUUAGUAAACCUUUGUUAGUCAACACCAUUCGCCUCUGCGUCCACAGAUGCAAGUUAUGACUUUACUAUGCAAAGCAGAAGCCAUACAUCAACACUGUCCAGAAGCGCUGCUGACUUCUCUGGGCUCGGUCUCAUCUAAGAUUGAAAGUAGAACAGUGGAACAGUGUUUUUUGGUCCGAUGAGUCCACCUUUCAGAUAGUUUUUGAAAAACUCAGCCGUCGUGUUAUCCAGGCCAAAGAGGAAAAGGACCAUCCAAGCUGUCAUUGGCCUCAGGUCCAAAAGCCAGUGUCUGUAUGGGCCAGGGGUGUGUCAAUGCCCAUGGUAUGGGUAACUUUCACAUCUGUGAGAACACCAUGAAUGCAGACAGAUAUGUACACAUUUUGGAGCAACUUAUACUGCCAUCCAGCACCAUCUGUUCCAGGGACAUCCCAGAAUUUUAAGUAGGACAACUUCAAACCACAUACUGGCUGAAUAAGCAGAGAGUGUGGGUGCUAGACUGGCCUGCCUGCAGUCCUGACCAUCUACAGUUGAGAAUGUGUGGUGUAUUAUGAAGCACACAAUAUGGCAACGAAGACCCCGUACAAUUGUGCAGCUGAAGACCUACAUCAUGGAUGAUUGGGGGAAAAUUCAAUUUUCUAAACUUAACCUUGUCUUCAGUGCCUAAAUGCUUAAUACAUGUAAUUAGAAUAAAUGGUGAUGUUUCACAGUGGUAAACACUCGACUGUCUCAACUUUUUUGGAGU